AUGUCAACCACGAAUACUCAGCGUCUACCGCGCAAUUCGCCCAUAGUGAAUCACCAGGCAAGACUGACAAUGGAUCAGAUCGCUAGAGAAAAACUCGACGAGAAGUCACUCAAGGACCUUCAAAAGGAAGCCGUGGAGUACGGAUUGACCCCGUGCUCAACCAGAGAGGGUUGCAUCGAUCAAAUUUCAACGCACUUGCUUAACCAUGGUCCCCUCGUCGAGCUGAUGACCGGCGGCGCGGCAGGAGAGGAUGAUUCCAACCCUCCCGGCUUUUCGGCACCGCCGGCCUACACGGACAGCGGUAUCACCGCAUCCGCCCGCAUUUCCGAUAGACAAACUCAAGCGCCAACCCCAGACGCCGCGUUUUCACAAAUUCGCCAAUUCAUGGCCCAGGAAAUGCUGAAGUUUCAAGAAUCGCAAGCAGCCCAACAGCAAGAGAUGCUGAACAAAAUGCUGUCGGCAUUCAACCUCGACGCUAUGAAUGACCGACGCCCUGCUAGUCCAACAGUCCAACCGGUCGUUCACAACAGCAGAGUUAGUCCACAGCCAACCGAAAGCUUCUCAACAAGUUCUACAAAUGCUGCAAGAUUCCUGGCAGCUCAGAUCCCUCAGUUUGGCAGAUCCGAAGAGGAAAAUGUGGAAUUACGGGUGGAAAAAAUUGAGAGCAUCGCAGAAGCCCACAUCCUUCCACCAGUCGCCAGGUUGUCGGCGGCUACCAUUAAACUUACGAAAGCAGCAAGGAGGUGGUUCGACCUCAGUCCAGGUUCGAUUAACAAGUCAUGGGAUGACUUCAAGACAGCCAUCAUUCGCCGGUUCAAGAGAAGAAUUCUGUUUAGCGCCGUCAUGAAAAAGUCAGACGACAGGAAGUGGCAGUUCUCAAAGGAAACAUUUCAAGACUAUGCGAUGGAGAAAAUAUCUAUUCUCCAAUGCUUAAGGCUACCAGAAGACAGUAUCAUUCACUGUCUCAUCGAUGGAAUCAAUAUCAUAGCCAUUAAAGCGAUCGCUGCGUCCAUUCAAACAGACUCGAUAGACGAAUUUUUGGAACAGAUGCACCAUAUCACAACCACAUGUGGUACAUCCGCAAAGAAGUCGCCAGUGUUCAACCCGAAGAUCGACAAGACUAAACCCAAACAAGAGGGAUCGUCCAAGACGGACCUUCACACGAAGAACCCAGCGGAAUCGUUCUGCGUGUACUGCCGCAGCAAGGGCCACACGCGCGACGACUGCUUCAAACUCAAGAAAAAAGAACAAUCUACGAAUCCAGGGAAGCCAGCCGCCACAAAGCCAGCCCCCCUGAUUUCUACGGUCACCGAGGUCACCGAGGUGCCCAGCCAAGCAGAAACUGUCCUAACAGACUUACAGACUGUUGCUCUCGUUGAAGGGCCACGGAAAAGAAUCGCCUUUAGUUCGCCAGUGGUCAAGGUAACCAAAUUGAACGAUUCGUCGAUUCGCUUACAUGUACUUGACGACCAAUCGACUUCAACGGACAUGAUAAUUGGUCUUGAUUUCUUGAAUAAACAUAAUUUAGAGGUCUUAAUCAAACCCGCUAGUGAAAAUCCAAUCAAAAACCCCAAAAAUUCGAGCACCGAAACAAACGACACGAAUAAACUGGACUUGCUCGCAGAGGUAGCUUCAGUAGAGGUAGCAGAAAAACCUUACGAUACAUUGGAUUCAGCAUUAGAAAAUAUUUCCGUUGAUUUCGAUCUGUCGACAAAAAAGCAUCUUAUCGAGACAAUAAAAGAAGUCGAUAGUGCAAGCAUCCCAGUGAUCGAUGACGAUCACUCCGUUAAAAUCAAUUUAAAGGAGGAUUCUGUUUUUGCGUUCGCACCAAGGCGUUUCGCGUGGUCGGAACGAUUACAAAUUCGAGAGAUCGUAAACGAUCUGUUAGAAAAGAAAAUUAUCAAGGAGAGCAACUCGCCGUACUGUUCGCGGAUAGUACCGGUGAGGAAAAAAGACGGAAGUCUACGCCUUUGCGUAGAUUUGCGUCCUCUUAAUGGGAAAGUUAAUAAGCAAAAGUACCCUUUCCCAAUAAUUGAAGAUUGCCUCGCGAGAUUAGGUAACAAAUCAGUCUUCACGCUUUUGGACCUAAAAGACGGGUUUUAUCAACUCAAAGUACACCCUGAAUUCACAAAAUUUUUUGCAUUCGCCACACCAGAUGGGCAAUAUGAAUAUUUACGUCUUCCUUUUGGAUUUUGCGAGGCACCCGCAGAAUUCCAAAGGCGACUACUGUUUAUUCUUCGUUCGUUAAUAAAAGAAGAUAAAAUUUUAGUUUACUUGGAUGACAUACUUAUCCCGUCGUCGUCGGUCCAAGAGAAUUUACAAAUUCUCAAACAAGUAUUAAUUUCGUUAAAAAGCUACGGCUUAUCAUUAAAUUUGGGGAAGUGUAAGUUCUUAAGAACCACCGUAGAAUACUUAGGUUACAUUAUUUCCUCUCAGGGGAUCACCCUCAGCCCCAGGCACGUCGAAGCCAUCCAGAAAUUCCCGCAACCACGGAAAACAAUCCACUUGCAGAAAUUCCUGGGCCUUACUAAUUACUUCCGCAAAUUUAUUGAAAACUACGCCACGAUAGCAAGACCCCUACAUAAUCUUUUGAAAAAAGAUUCACCGUUUAGGUUUAACGACACUUGCGUAAAUUCUUUCAAUACAUUGAAAGAACGGCUUAUCUCCUUUCCAAUCCUCCGGCUAUACAGCCCAAAUUUGCCCACCGAGCUGCAUACGGACGCUAGCACACAAGCAAUAGCUGCAAUCCUUAUGCAGAAGCAAAAAGAAGGCCAAUGGCUACCAGUAUCAUUUUUUAGCCAGGCCACAAACCAGGCAAAAGCAAAAUAUCACAGCUUCGAGCUGGAAAUGCUCGCGGUGGUGAGCGAUUGA